CUCUCCGUCCUCCCUCCUGCCGCCCUGCCAUCUACACACGCACACACACGCGCACUCCGCUGAUCCUAUUCCCUCCCCCCCCCCUCCCCUCUGCCGCGCGUUCUGACAGGCGAGUCGCUGCCGUUGCCGCUGCCGCCGCUGCCAACCACCCGCACUCCGGCUCGGGCCUAACGCCAGCCGGUCCACUCCGCCCCCGGCGCGCGCGCGCCUGGGCUCGACCUCGGCCUCGCGCCCCCUCCCUAUCCUUUCUUCCGGCUCCCCUCUCUUUGUCUAGUAGUUCGCCGCCCUCUGGCGCGGUCUCCGUGAUCGAGUGGCCAUGUUGCUGCCUGACCUCGAAACCAUGGGGCUUCUGCCCAUUGACCUGGACUCCGACGCCCUCGGCGGCUUCCCGCUGCAGGCACGCCGGGCCAUUGUCCAAUCGACCACCGGGUUCCUGUCCUGGUGCCCGGACAUGGCCUUCCUCUCGCGGCCAGCUCACGCCCGCUGGGUGGCCGAGAUCAUUGGCCAGGGCUGCGCCCUGCCGGUUGCCGAUGUCGACCUGAUCAGCGCCUCGGCCAAUGUCUACGGACGGUGGCUGCUGGAGCCGGCCUUCCGCCCGCCGGCCAUGGAUCGCGACUUGCAGGGGUUCUUCUGCAUGAUUUUCAAGCACCUGUCGCUGGUCUUCCAGCAGCGCCACCGGGACGAUCGGUCCACGCGAGCAGCGCAGCUGGCCGCCAUCGCCGCGCAGAGCCUGGCCACAGCCACCCAAGAGGAGGCCAUCCUCUCGGAGCAGACUCUCCGUCUGGCCGAGCAGGAGUCCGGCACCGGGAGCGAGGCGGCGGCGGCGGCGGCGGCCGCGGCGGCCGCCGAUGCCGCCAUCAACCUGGUGGCCCGGCCACGCGCGGCCGUGGCCGGGUCCGCUCCCUUCCCCCAGGCAAGCGCCUCUUCCCUCGGGUCCGGGGCUUCCUCCGGGGGGUCCUACUCGUCGAUGCCGCCGCUGGCGCGCACCCAGCCCGGUCCCACGGGCGGGCCUGGGUCUGACGAUCGAUCCCCGGGGCUGGAGGGCCAGCGGCCUAGGCCGGGCAUCAGCCCGGCCAGCAUGGCGGCCCUGCGCCAAGCAGUUGCGCGUAAGCGCCAAGCCGCCAACGAUGCCCACGACCGUGCUCUGCUGGCCACGCGCUUCUACCAGGCCUUGUCGGCUUUGCCGCCGGUGCAGGGCACCUCUGUCAGCGCGCACAUCGAGGUGUGCAAGAAGGUGAUCGACAUCUACAACAUUUUCGCUCGCACCCUCGGCCGGGAGGUGGCUCCCCAGACGUGGCGCGUGCUGGUGCAGAUCUCCCUCGGCGUCACGGAUUACGUUGUCCGGGAGGAUUCGCCCCUGCCGGCGGUGGUGGCGGAGGAGCUCUCGGCGCCGCUCUUCCGGAACCUGUUCGAAAUCAUGAUCCGCUCUGGCCUUCGCGACUCGGACCUUUGGCAGACCCUGAAAACCAUGUUCCCUCGUUGGACGCACCACAUGGUGGCCAUCGUCCAGUGGAAUCUGGUCACCAUGUCCCUGUGCCGGUCGGUGUGCGCGCGGCUGUAUGGGCUCCCCGUGCGCGAGGGCGGCCUGCGGGCCUCCCUCUCGGCGCAGUCGAUGAGCGACAGCGGGGACGCUCCUGCCGGGCCGGCCGAGCCGGUGUCCAACCCCCGGAGCGAAGUGGUGGUCAUCCAGUCGGGCACCAGCAUGGUCAUCAUUGAGCUGCCGCUCGACCAGCUGUACUUCUGCUGGAAUCGCAUCCUCCACCUGGUGGAUGACCUAUCUGGGCUCCGGUCAGCCAUCCUGCUCGAGGCCAUCUGCGGGAUUGCGCGCUGUGUCAAUCUCUUCCUUUACCCGUCCGUGUACCAGCGGUCGGAGAUCGGCCAGGCGUCGCACUUGCUGUCCUUUGUCUCGGAGCCCCUGGACCCUGCACUGCAGCGCCCCGCCCCGACCAGCCCCGAUCGUGCGACCAUCUUGUCGAUCUUCGGCCCGUGGCUAUUCAGCGUGGCGCGCGGCCGGGCCCCGCUGGCAAUUGCGGGUGCUCCGGGCUCGGCGCCGUUGGUGACGCCGGCCACGCGCACGCAAAGUGCCCCGGCCGCGUCGGGCGGCUCGUCCACGAUGGCCUCCACGUCCGGCACCUCGCGGGUCACCUCGGCCCUUGGGCGCUUUGUGUCGUCCGACGUGUCGGCCGUGGUGUCGGCCGUGGCGCCCGGGGUCACGAUGGGCAAUGCGGCCAGCCCUCCGCCCUCGGCCCUGGUCAGCACCGGGGCCGGGCUGCUUCCCUCGUCGCUGCUGUCGCGUCUCGGCAAUGUGGCCUCCCCGCCGGGAACCAGCAAGGCGGCGGCGGCGGCGGCCGCCGCUGCCGCCGCCGCCGCCGCCGCCCACGCGCAGCACUCCUCCGGGGUUGCCGCCCCCGGGGUGCGGCAGGAUGAUGAUGAUGCGGCGCGCGCCGUGGCCUGUGCCACACUCUGCCGGGUGUUCUCGCAGCCGUUGGUCGGCCGGCGGCGUGGGGUUGGCAUGCCGCCCGGGCUCCCGCUCGGGGAGGCCGGGCCCAGCCGGGACAUCCUGUUCCUGGCUCGGUUCUAUGGCACCCUGCGCGAGGCCCUCGGGGGGAGGUAUGUUCCCCAGCCGACCGACGCCUCGGCCGAUGGCGAUGCCAGCGGCCUGACCCCGCCGGCCGGUGCCGCCGGGCCGCAGACCCUCGCAGCCAUCCUCCUGUCCGGGGUGUAUCUCUUUGUCAGUGACCUCCCUGGUGUCCGGGUGCUGGUGCCGGACUUCCUGUUUGCCAUGCGUCAUGUGCUGCCGCUGUGUACUGUGGAGGUGCCCUUCGUGUCGGCGCCGCGUCUACAGCGGGCGGCCUUGCGGAUCCUAUCCACCGUGACCACGGUCCCCGGGUACCUCGGCAUGUCGCCCAUCCCGGCCGGUCUCGUCGACCGGGCCAAGCUGGACCUCGGGUACAUGGCCCAGGCCACCACGGACACCGAGUUCCUGGCCUCGGGAACCAACUUCCAGAUCCUGCUGGCGGCCAUCUUCCGGUCGACCAUCCUGCACCCCGGCGACAUGUCGGCCGUGCUUUGCUACAGCCACCUGCGGGUGCAUGCCUUCUUCCUGCUGCUGUCCAGCCUGCUGGUCCGGUGGCAGCCAUGGUCGUCGGCCGUGGAGCCGGCCAACUUCCGGUCCAUCGCGUCGGGGCUCUUUGUCUUUGUGGCCGAUGACGCCGGGGCCACGCCCGGGCUGUUGAGCAUCGUCUCGCUGGCCGUGGCCAAGAAGCUGCUCUGGCUGUCGGCGCACCCGCCGGUGUCGGUGGCUGCCGGGCCCGGCGGGGUGGGCGCCGGGGCGGGCGCCCCCGGCCGCACGCCCUCGCUGACCGGGGGCCCGGGGCAGGCGUCAUCGGCGCCACCGACCCCGGUGUCGUCCACAUUCGCGGCUGGCGGCCUGGCCACGCCGACCGGGUCGCUGGCCGGGCCUGCUUCCGGGUCCGGGCUGCUGGCCGAUGGCCAUUCGCGGGUGACCAGUGGCGGGUCGCUGGCCGGGCAGAGCCCGGCCCCGCUGCUGAUGCACCAGCAAAGCCACUCGCAGCACUAUCACUCCCUGGGCGGGUCGCCAUAUCCGGGAUCCGGCGUGGGCGCAUCCUUCCGGCAUCUGAAGUCGCCGUCGCAAUUGUCGGCCUCCUACUCGGUGCACUCGUUCAUGCAGCUGGCCUCGGCGCUGAGCCCGGCGGUGGGGCCCGGCCUCGGGCCCGGGACCAUCAGCCACACGCUCAGCCAGCUGCCCGGGCCGCUGCUCCAGACGUAUGAGCUGGACGAGGUGGAGCUGUCGCUGUUGGCGGUGCUCGAGUCGCUGGCGCGCAUGGGCGCCGGUCCGGGGGCCGGGCUCGGUGGGCUCGGGGGCACCGCCCACGAGAUUGUCAAGGCCCUCUGUCGGUACAUCGACAAUGGCCUGCACGAGGCGUGCCUCAGUGCCCGCACGACGCGUGUCCUCAGCGCCCUGGCCUGCCUGGCCACCUGGUGGGGCACGGCGGCUACUUCGUCUCCGCCGGCGGAGGAUUCCCCCACCGGGACGGAGCCCGGGCGCACUGGGUCGCCGGCGGCCGCGGCCGCGGCCGCAUCCAUGGCCACAGCCACGGCCGCCUGGUCGCCGGAUCUCACCCUGAUGGUGGUGAGCAUGCUGUCGAAGGUGACGCGAGCGGCCGGGCCGGCGGGCCGUGGCCCGGCGUCGGGGCCGUCUGCCACCGCCACCAUCCCAUCCGACGGUGUGCUUGUCAGUCAUGCGGCCCUGCCGGCGGAGCUGGGCUUCUUGGCAUCGAGCUCGGACUUGGUGCCGGGCACCCUGCCCGAGGAGCAGUGGGCCGGCGCGGUAAGCCGGUCCUCCUGGAGCCCCUCCGGGGCGUACUCCACGCCAGAUCGGGCGCUGGCCCUGUCGGAGGCCGUGGCAAGCGUGUGGAAUCGCGUUGUCUUCCACCUGGGGAACUUCCCGGCGGCGGCCGGCGUGGCGGCCGUGUCGACGCAGGUCCGCGAGCGCGAGGUGGCCGCACGCGUGGCGGCCGCGGCCAACGCCCAGCGCCCCCCGGCGAGCGCGGCCGGUGUGGUGGCCCACUCGCGCCCUGGCGUCCCGGCACUGGCGUGCAGCAACUGCCACAUGUCUGUCGGGGCGGUGACCACCCCCCGCGGGGGGCCGGCCUCGCCGCUGGCUGAGCGGCCGCUGGUCGAGCCGCAGGACUUCGUCCGGUACUUCGCCAUCAACGACCAAAUGAUUGUCGGCCUGGUGGAGCUGCCGGCGUCGCACUCGCUGGCCCACCGGGCCGGCCUGGCCGAUAGCCUGUAUCCGAAUACCCUGGUGAAUGUGCCGACCGGUGGGGCCGAGGCGCCGGGCGCCGGGGGUCCCUCGACACCGGUCGGUGCGCGGGCGGCGCCGGCGCCGCCCGGGCGCCCCAGCGAGGGGCCCUCGGUGCUGGUGAUCAUUCGCGAUGUGAAUGGGUCCUACGCCUGGUCGGGGGUCCUGCGUGCGCAUCCGCUGGGCCUGGGAUACCAGCGCGACGCGCAGGCCGGGGCCGAUUCGGCGGACGGCUGGCAGCCGCCCCUGGGCAGCCCGUCUGCCUCGAUGAUUGUGAGCGCCGCGCGGGCGGCCCUCGCCAGCCAGGGGGUCCUGUCGCCGAGCGGUGGCGAUGGCAGCCGGGCCUCCUCGGCGGCCGGGUCGCCGCGGGCUCAGGGCCGCGCGGGCCCGGGGACCGGCGCCCCGGCCGCCCCGCGCGUGCGUCUCGACAUGCCGGUGCGCUAUCUGGAGGUGGCGGAUCUGCUGGGGAUCCCGGUCGAGGUGCUGGGGGCGGCGCUGACCCCGUCGGGGCUCGGGCCCGACGCGGCAGCCGACGACCCCGCCACCCGCACCGGGGCCCUGCUGUGCUGCAGCUGCCGCGAGGCGGCCGAGCAGCAGGGCCCCCUCACGCCCGGGGGGUCACUGUCGCCGGGGCUGCCGUCGGUGGCGCUGACCGGGCUGGACAGCCCGCCGGCUGGGGGCCCGAGCUUGGCCUCGGACCGCCGGGGCGGGUCGCCCCCCUUGGCCGGUGUGCCGGCCAGUGCCCUGCCGGCGCACUUGCACCCGGACCGGCCGGUGGUGGCGGCACGGCGGUCGUCGCUCCUGCACCAGGCCCUGCGCAUUGACACCUCGCCGACGCUGAUCAACCGGGUGCUGGUCGGGUCGACCACCACGGCCGAUCACUUCAACAUUGCCUCCUCCACGCCGCGGUUGGUGGCCGAGUCGCAGAAUUCGCCGGUCCUGCCGGCCGGGCCGGCUGCCGAUGCCGGGCGCGAGCUGGUGGUUCCCAUCCCGGCGGGGGCGACCGCCGGGGCGGGGGGAGCCGCGGCCCCGGCGGUCGCCCCCCCGGGCCUGGUGGUCCCGACGGCCUCCAUCCUGACCGAUGGGCAGUACUUGGAAAUCCGGGCGGCCAUCUCCCGGCAGUAUGCCCGGUCGCAGCAUCUGACCGGGGCCCCGGGCUCCGGCGUGGCUGGGCCCCGGCUGUACAUCACCCCGGAGGAGGUGGUGGCAUCGCGCGCGCAUGCCAGCACCCGGCCGCGGCCCCUGUGCCCGGCGCCGCCGGAUCGGUCGACCCACGCCGGGUUCCUGACCGGGCGCCGGCUGCUGGCGCACCUGGGCCUGCUUCCGCCCUCGUUGGAGCGAUCCAAGGUGACCCCCCUGCGGCUGGAUGGGCGCCUGCUGCGGGCGCUGGACAUGCUGGACUCGACCCCGGUCCGGGCGGCCCUCAACCUGCCGGUUCUGUAUGCGGAGUCGGCCUCGGUGUACUUGACCCCGGAGGAGGGGGCCUCCGGGGGUGCCGGCGGCGGCGGCGGCGGUCCACGGCCGGCGGCGGCCCCGGUCCCGGUGAGCCGGCUCCUGCGCGGGCCGGCCACCGCCCGCGGGCGGGCGGAGUUCUCCCAGUUUGUGGCCUCCCUCGGGUGGCUGGUGGACUUGCGCACGCAUGUGGGCCACCGGGGCCCGGCCGAGCUGUUCGAGUUUUGCGCGGACCUGGCCGGGGAUCUGGCCGGGUCGGGCGGGUCGCCGGUGGGCUCGGCGGCCAGCACCCCGGGGGCCGGGGCCGGCGGGGCCCCGGUCGCCGGGGUCCCCUACUAUGCCGAUGCCUCGGUGGAGGCGGUGUUCGUGGUGCCGGCCCUACUGGCCGGGGCGCGGGCCCGGCUGACCGCGGCCCUGGGCCCGGAGAAGGGCGACCUGCUGGAGCUGGCCAGCGUGCGGGCCUGCCUCGGGGCGGUGGCCAUCGUGUGGCUGGACGACCCGGCGGAGUUUGCGCGCUUCGGCCGGGAGGUCCUGCUGCCGGUGUUCGGGUACCAGGUGGUGCUGUUUGUGUCGCCGCUGGCGCCGGGGGCCGGCGGGCCGGCCGGGGCCGGGGCCGGGUCGGCCAGCCACGAUGCCGGCCUCUACCGGGUCCGGGUGUGGAAUGUCCACACGGAUCCGUUUGCCGUGCGCCGGGGCCUGGCGGCCACGCUGGACAUGGAUGCGGCGCUGGCGGCGUCGGCCCUGUCCACCAUCGGGGCCACCCUGGCGGUGGCUUCGUCGCUGGCCGGGCCGGAGCCCGGCGGGCUGACCCGCCGCGCGACCAUGGACAACCUGGCCGGGGCCGUGGUGGCGGUCGGGUCGCCGGGCGGCCGGCGGUCCUUCGAUGGGCCGGCCUCGGCGGUGGCCACGGCCACCGGGGGCGCCGGCCCGGCCACCACCCCCGGGGCAUCGGUCGAUGGCCUCAUCGAGCCGAGCUCCUUCUCGCCGGUGCCCAUCGACCCGGUGGCCAUUCGGGGCCGGGGCCGGAGCGCGUCCGGGGCCGGGCCGGGGCUGGUGUCGCGGGCCGGGCGCCUGGCCGACCAGACCCCGGCCCAGUCGAUGCACAAUCUGUCCCCCGGGGGGCUGGGCCUGGGGCCGGGGUCGCCGGUGGGCAUUCCGGCCGCCGACCCGGCCGGGCUCCUGGGCCUGCCCGCGAGUGGCGGGGCUCUGAAUGCGUCGGUGUCGGUGCCGGCGACGCUGGACCGCCUGGCGUCGGGCCCGGCGGGCGGCGGCGGCGGCGGCGGCGGCGGCGGCGGCAUCGGCAUCGGCGGGCCCCUGCCGGGUGGCAUGGUGUCGCUGUUGGACAUCCGCCAGUGGCCGGGAGCAGCCGCCAUGGCCGAGACGCCUGGGCUGCUGGCCGGGCCCCUUGGCGGGGGGCUGCAGCCGACGGCCGACACGCACGACCUGUGGCCGCUGGUGGCGGAGUUGCACAGUGCGCCGGUGGCCACGCCGCACCUGGCCGAUGGGGCGGUGCUCUCGCGCCGGGGCGUCGGGGUGGCCCUGCGUGCGGCGGCCAUCCAUGCAUCGCUGCAAGUGGCCGCCGGGCCGGCUGGGCGGUCUGCACAGCCGGCCGAGGGCGGCCCCCGGGGCCCGGCCACCCCGUCGCAGCAAGCGGCCGAGGGUUUGAGCGGGGCGUUGGCGGCGCUGGCGCAGCCUGGUGGCGGCCGGCCCGGGUCGCCGGCCGGGGCUGCCGCUGCCGGGCCGCGCCCGGUGUCCCCGGCCGGGGGGCCGCGGUCGGUGCAGCAGGCUGUGGCGGCCGGCCCGGCCACGGCCAUCGCCACGGCCGGGCCGUUGCAGCACCGCCGGGCCAUCAUCGAGGCCUGUGUGGCACAGAGUCGCCUGGACAAUCACUACAUCCACUACUUCGGGGUGCAGUGA